AUGAACAACUAUGAAUUAGAGUCUUUAGUAACAGGGGUGUUUGAAUUAACCGGAGAACCUGCAAUUAUCAUCAAUGGUGUGCCUACACUUCCAUCAACAGAUCUAGUUCCAAUUGAGGUAAUUUCUAAUGCAGAGUUAACUAUAGUCACUGAAUUUGGAGAAUGGUUGGAAGGAAGAGGAGUUAGAAAGAUAUUUGAAGGGAAAUUUUAUGACGGAAAGGUUACAAUGUAUGACAAGGAAAACUGUUGGUAUAGAGUUUUGUAUGAAGACAAUGAUUUUGAAGAUUCGGAUUGGCAUGAGUUGGAAAAAGUGCUUCUUCCAUUGGAUGUAAAUGUCUCAUUGAGGACCUUAGGGGGAGAAAAUUGUGGCCAACAAGUCUUGAACAGGUGGAGAUUAUAA